UCUUCAUUCCCUCAUCAAAAACUAAAUUCUCUUGUGUCUUUGUCUGUUCUCGAGUAAAACUAUGGAGUGUAUACCGUUGGAUCUGACGAUCAUAUCCGCAGAGGAUCUCAAAGACAUCCAGUUGAUCGGCAAGCAAGACCUAUACGCCGUCGUUUCACUCAACCGCGACGCAAGCACCAAGCAAAAGACAAAGGUGGACAAAGACUGCGGGACAAAACCUAAAUGGAAGCAUCAGAUGAAACUCACCGUGGGCGACUCCGCGGCGCGUGAAGGUCAUCUCGCCCUUGUCAUCGAGAUCAUCGCCGAUCGUCCCAUCGCCGGCGAUAAACCAGUCGGAGAGGUCAGCGUUCCGUUGAAGGAGCUUUUGGAUCAGAAGAACAAGGACGGUGAUGACAAGGAGGAGGAGAAAACGGUGACGUAUGCUGUGAAGCUGCCCAACGGCAAGACCAAAGGAUCUCUCAAGUUCUCUUUCAAGUUCGGUGAGAAGUACACUUUCGGAUCUUCGAGUGGUGCUCCUCACGCGCCUGGUCCAUCUACUGUUGAUCACAAGACUAUGGAUCAGCCCGUCGCGGCAUACCCGCCUCUUCCAGGACAUGAUGAUAAACACGGCGGUGUUUACGGUUACCCUCAAGCCGGUGGAUAUCCGCCACCUGGUGGACCUGGUGGUUAUCCUCCUGCUGGGCCUGGUGGGUAUCCGCCACCCGGUGCUUACCCGCAACAAGGUGGAUAUCCGCCUCAGCAAGGAGGCUACCCGGGAUAUCCGCCACAGGGUCCAGGUUAUGGAUAUCCGGGAUAUCCGCCACAGGGUCCGUACGGUUACCCGCAGCAGCAAGGUUAUGGUCAACCGCAGAAUCCCAAGAAGAACGGAGGAGUUGGGAUGGGUCUAGGGCUUGGACUUGGAGCUGGGUUAUUGGGUGGGUUGCUUGUUGGCGAGGCAAUCGAUGACGUGGCAGAUAUGGGUGAUAUGGGUGACUUUUGAAUUCUGAUUGUGCUAUCUUUAUGGUGUUUAACUUUUCAAUUUCUUUAGUUUAACUGCUGCUUUGUUUUUCUCUUUGGUGGAUUCUGUGAGAGAUCAACAAGUUCUAUCUUCUUGUCUUUAGUUUCUGUCUUUCUCAGUUGAUGUAUGUUUGCUUUAUGAGAAUAAUAUGCAUCAUAGAAUGACUAAACUCAUUAAUAAUCAAGUUUUUCUGUAUUUAACAA